AAAAAAAACCUUUUUUUUUUUUUUUUACUCAAAUGGACCUCCAUAGCAUGAUUUUUCUUGCUUGGCCUGUGAUUGCUAUCGCAUACCCCAUAUACUUGACCGUACGUACAAUUGAGACAGGCUUAAUUUAUGACAUGAGAAAAGUUGCCACUUAUUGGACAAUCUUCUCAUUCAUUCAUGUAUUUGAGUAUGUUUUCUACAAACUUCUUGAAUGGGUACCUCUUUGGCCGUAUUUAAGAUUAGUUUUCAUGUGUUGGUUGGUGAUGCCACAGUUAAAUGGGGCGUCUUAUUUAUACCAAAAUCUUGUUUAUCCGUAUUGGCAAUUCAAACUGCACCAUGCUUUCACUCAGUUUUGUGCCACUUGUUCUGAGUGGUUUGAAAAUCUAAACAAGGAUUCAUAUUUUAAGCUUGAAGAGAAUGGAUCUGCAACUCUGGAAAAUCUGAUUGCAAGCAAGGUUGAGAACAAAACAAGUUCAGCUCUACAAGUUAUUAGUAAACCAGCCAUUCCGAAACUCCCAGAUACUUCUUCUUCUUCUCUACCGUUACUCCACAAUAGAUGGACAUGUGAAAUAUGUGAAGUGAGAGUCUCCUCUGAGCUGACACUACAAUCCCAUAUUCGCGGAAAAAGGCACAGGGCGGAGGCUAAGCUAUGGUGCGAUUUCUGUAAUUUGAGAGUCUCCGGUGAGAUUGACAUGAUUGCACAUCUCAAGGGGAAGAGGCACUUGGCAAAGCUUCAGGCUUUUGCUAGUGCUGGAGCUCUUUAGAUUAUUUUGUUUUUUUUUAUCAAGUUACGAGGCAUAUCUAUAAUUUAGUAUGGAGUAAAAUUUUAGGCCAUCAGUCUAAUUAAACCUGCUGUAGGAGCAGGUUAUUUCUGUAUUUUACCAUAGCAAAGUAAGUUUGCUAUGAGAGUAGCCUAUUGUAGUAGGUCAACUUCAGCUGAUGGCAUAAAGGUUUUACCUAUUGUCAUAUGCCUUCUUAACUUGGUGGUAGAACAAUAUUCAGAGUCAGUUUAUUGAACUUCAUUUUACUUAAUUCAGCCGUCUGUGGUUGACAUUCUGUUUUCAUUAGUCUUUGACCUGUCAGCUUAAUGAACUGAAACGCUGUAGAGUAGCUACAGCUUUGCUGAAAGACGUUGAAAUGGGUCGAAUGCUACUAACUAGUUUUAGUGCUGGUCAUCCCAUUGAAUGAGCGAAGGUGUUCAAGUUCAAACUCCAAAAGCUGCAUUCGAUUAUUUACAUGCCCCUAAAGCUUGUCCAGAAAAUGAAAGUUUCUUGAGAAUCUUUCUUGC